UUCCGAUUGUCUUCCUCUUUCACCGUCGUUUUUGAUUGAGACACAUUAACAAGUCGACCAUCCGACGUGGUAACAGCCAACCACUGGUUACUUGCCACGUGUUCCCCGCCUUGCCUUCAAAACUUUUCGCACCCAGGCUGUGCCUCCCCUCCUCUGCCUCUCUAGUCUCUCCUCUCGGAAUUGCCCAGAAAUAGUUUACAUAGCUAAACCAAACUAAAACCUCUCUCUCUCUAUCUCUCUCGUAACGAUGCCGUUUUGCACAACUGGGACACAACCAGGCGGUGCAGACGCAGAGCGCAACGACAAUGGAGUCCAAAUCUUUUACAGAACCUACGGUCAGGGACCCACAAAGAUCCUCCUCAUAAUAGGAUUGGCAGGGACCCACGAUUCAUGGGGUCCACAGAUCAAGGGGCUAGUGGGAACCGAUACGCCCAAUGACGAUGAAACGAGAACCGGCGAUUGGAGUUCAGAUGACAAUGAGUGUGGCAGUGGUAUCCAGAUAUGUGCGUUUGACAACCGUGGAAUGGGUCGGAGCUCUGUACCCACCAAAAAAUCUGAAUACACAACAAAGAUUAUGGCGAAGGAUGCAAUUGCGAUGUUGGAUCAUUUGGGGUGGAAAAGUGCCCAUGUUUUUGGACAUUCAAUGGGAGCUAUGAUAGCUUGCAAGUUAGCAGCAAUGGUGCCUGAAAGAGUGCUGUCAUUGGCUUUACUUAAUGUAACAGGUGGGGGUUUUGAAUGUUUUCCGAAGCUCGAUCGACAAACAUUAUCCAUUGCAAUCCGUUUCUUACGGGCCAAAACUCCCGAGCAACGAGCAGCAGUUGACUUGGACACCCACUACUCAAAGGAAUAUCUUGAGGAGUAUGUUGGGCAAAACACAAGAAAAACAAUUUUAUAUCAAGAAUAUGUAAGAUGUAUAUCAGCAACUGGAAUGCAGUCUAACAAUGGUUUUGAGGGUCAAGUCAAUGCUUGCUGGACACAUAAAAUGACACGAUUGGAAAUUGAACGGAUCCAUUCUGCUGGAUUUCUUGUUUCAUUCAUUCAUGGCAGGCAUGAUAUAAUUGCUCAACUAUAUUAUGCGCGGAGACUUGCAGAGAAGCUACAGCCUGUUGCUAGAAUGAUAGAACUUCAUGGAGGUCAUCUAGUGAGCCACGAGAGGACCGAAGAGGUCAAUCAAGCACUUCUUGAACUGAUAAAGGCAUCAGAAGUGAAGAUCAAUCCUCACGAAUGGACUAAUUUGCCGAAGAAAGCUUCUGGGUGGAUAGGAACAAGGAUGGCGUUAAUCAGAGUAAACAUGGAGGGGGAAAAUAUCUCUUUCCCGUUUUACUUGCUAUCACAGCUGCAUAUUUUUCUCUUAUACCUCUUUGGUCUCUUUUUUAUGGUAUUCGAGUAUGGAAGAAGGGCUCUAAAAGGUUUUAAAACAGUUAGAGUUGGACCUUCUUUGGCAUUACCUAAUGGUGAAUGAUCCCUUAUUUCUUACUGGGUUUUAUUGAUUUGUCACUUUUCCUCAUUACCAUACCUACCAAGUAAAACAGGUGAUGGAUAGCACGAUUCUGGAAACAACAUUUGUAACAAGAUGCAAGGACUCUGUACUCGGGAAUCUACAUUUUCAAAGCAGUUGGAGGCACAAAAAAUGUUGGGAAAUUGGGACACCAAAAUUUAGGCAGAUCCCUCUCCCCAUGUCUUCAAUUCGUUCUACUUGCAAACGAUUAUGCUAACAAAUCCCUCUGUAUCUACAACAAACUUUUUUGAGUGAAAUUUAAAAGCGAGAAGAUU